GCAUGGGGACACGUAGCUUCUGUGUGCUGUCUCAUCAGACAACAGACAGCAAUAAACACACACCAAUAACCACACACUGCGGAACGGCAAGACUACGAUGAUUUGAAGUGGAAGAGACAGACAGACAGAGACAGAGAGACAGAGACACAGACACACAGAGAGAGACAGAGACAGAGAGAGAGACAAAGAAAGUGCAACAGGGCUGAAGACAUCAAGAUUAAGAGUAACUCAACCAGCUACAGCCACUGGAGUGGCCCCAGGAAAGCACCAGCCAUCGGGGUUUUGUUUUUAAAAUCUCCUCAGCUAUUAGCGCUUUCUUGUUUGCUGCUUGGCUUUCCUCUCUAUAAAGCCCUUCCCCACCCAGAUGGUUUUCAUUGGCUUUAGCCACUUUGUUUCCUUGGCUCCCUAACACUGUGAGGAGAUCCUCUGUCCUUCAGUUCUCCAGAUUAGAGUGUUAUUUCCAAAAGGCCUCUAAGGAUCCUGGGGAGUGAGAACUUCCAGCUGUUGCAGGAACAGUUCCAGAAAACAGCAUAAGUACAGGGAAGUUCUUGUGUGUUUCAUAGCAGGGCUGCUCCAUGGAGUUAGGAGGAGAAUCUAAGCCACAAGGUUUCUCUCCCUCCAAACUCACCCCUUUCCUUUCUCCUCUUUCUCUUUCCCACCAACUUUAGGGACCUAGCCCUAAAGUAGGAAUUUGCCAAAAGCAUCUCCUUUUUCUCUUUAAAUCAGAAAAUAAAGUAUCAUUGUUCCUUUGCCUGGCAUUCUUGGAUGGUCACCCCGCCCCCAACCGUACUCCGUUUGACCCCGAUAACAACUCCAUUCUGGAAACUUCUGAUUCUCAAGGGCUUCUGGCUUCAUCAUAAACUGUGGCUAGGAGCACCCUGCCAGCCCAUGCCUCUGUAUCUGACCCCACACAGAGUCUGUCUAAGGUUGAGAUAAACACUAGCACUUCUGUGAAAAAUUGAGUUCCCAGGAAGAAUGAGAAAGUCAAAGGUUGCUCAACACUGUGCUAUAUUCUUUAUGCUAGCUUCUGUGAAUAAACCAAACCCUGAAGACACUUUCCAUGAAUGAAUUCACCCAAGGGCCUUACUUGGAAGACAUAUUUGUAACUGUGAGAUCUUGGGAAAGUUACUUGUUUCUCCGGCAUUCAGUUUUUCCAUCUAAAAAAUGGAAACAAUACAGACAGGGUCAGGGUGAGGGCUAAACAGAUUAUAUGUGUAGGGGUCUAAGUCAGAUUUGGCUAAUGGUAUACACUAUUUUACUUUUACUUACUUAUUUUUUAUUUAUUUGUGUAUGUGUAUGAGAGAGAUAUACAUAUACACCAUGGUGUGCAUAUGGACAUCAAAAGGCAACUUGUGGCAAUCAUUUCUCUCCUUCCACAAUGUGGGUCCCAGGCAUUGAACUCAGGUCAUCAGUCUUGGCAGCAAGUACCAGUGAGCCAUCUUGCCAGCCUAGGACAUAACUAUUUAGAUGUUACAAAUGAUUUGGAGAUAGUGAUUCAAAGAUUCCUUCGCUCUGCUGCGGCAAAGACAUAAUGUCAUUUUUCUUUAUAGUUGCAAAGCUCCAUUAUGUAUAUAUUCUACAUUUUCUGAAGGGAUUUUUAUAAUAAAUACUUGCUUGAAAAAAUGCCUGGCAUAAAAGAAUACAUAAAAUGGCAAAAGAGAAGAAAAGUAGCAUAAACUUCUUUUUUGAGAACAAGGUUUUGUUUGGAUAUAGCCUAGUACUGGCCUUUAACUUGAUUCUCCUUCCUCUGCCUCCUGAGUGGGGGAUGGUAGUCUGGCUUCUAAACUGCUAUGAAUAUGGGAGCUGUAGACGGAGAAACAAAUGUCAUUGUGUGUAACACAAAAGUACCCAUAACGUAAUGGGGUCCAGUAAAUGUUUGUUUCCUUAAAAUAUAGAGACUGGUUUGGGGUUGUAGGGAAUAGGGCAAGCAUGUGUUCCUGGUUUGUUUCUUGCUGUUUUCUGUCUUCAUUUAUCUAUUUUUUUUCUUGGUGUCUCUAUCUUUCUAACUCCAGGGAAGCCUCACCACCCACCUUCCCCGCCCCAAGAUGACCUAUCAUACUCCUUCAGGACCUCCAAGCAGGGCGUUUCCGACUUAAGCUAACCCUGGACUCUGCCUACAUCUAGCUUGGUGCAGAGGACACACCAACCCUGAAGAGUGUGGGCGGGCAAGCUCAGCACCAUUGGAUUUGAAGAUGGCCCCUUUUCAGACCAAUGAGGAGCUGAUUUCUACAGGAAUAAAGCAAUUUAAUGUUCUGCUGGAUCAGCAGGUCUUUAGUGACCCCCUUAUCCCUGAAGAAGGCAUGGUGACUGUGGUGGAUGACUGGGUGAACUUGUACAUCAACUAUUACAAGCCGCUCGUGCUUGGGGGGCAGCAGGAACAAGACAAGACUCUGCAAGAACUCCAGCAAGAGCUGAAGACUUUGGGCAGCCAGUUUUUGACCAAAUAUAGGACCUUUCUGAAGUCCAGAGAUCACCCAAACAGUGAACCACCUUCCUCAUAGCCUAAAGGCUCACAGCAUCACAUCUAAGAACCCUGAAGUUCUUAGUCUCUGGGUUAUGUCUUCGGGCUGUUGUCCCACGGCCUUUUUGUACCUUGACAUCUCAAUAAAGGCCGAUACUAA